UGUGGGAAGUGUAGUUGGAAUAGAAAUGUAAGAGUACAGGCACAUUUAGAAACGUUUUGGAAUUCUUACAUCGUCAUUUUCCUUUUCCUUUCGUUACAGAGUUAUGGAAACCAGCGCGAACACCUCGUGACACGUCUAUUAGCUCUAUAAAGUUUGGAAAGAAAAGAAAUUUAUAAGCUGAAGCAGCAGAAGAAUAGUCAAAUUCAAGUUCCAAAUCGUAAAGAGUUCAACAAAAGGCUUUUAUCAACAGUUCUGGAAAACCUCAGUUUUAAAAUGUGUUUGGAAUUCGAUUCUACGAGUGGAUUCUACGAGUGGAUCCGGGCAGGAACAUUUCCAGACACGUCUAUUAUUCUAUAAGAGAAAGCCAUCUCUAAUAAGUUUGGAAAGAAAAGAAAAUUUAUAAGGUGAAGCAGCAGAAGAAUAGUCAAAUUCUAGUUCCAAAUCGUGAAGAGUUCAACAAAUAGCUUUUAUCAACAGUUCUGAAAUGGCAGACGAUUCCACAUAUGGUGUUUCUGGAAAACCUCAGUUUUAUGUGGGAUUGGACAAAUGUAUUGGAGAUUUGAGGGGACUGUUAUUCCAUAGCGAGGUGUCAAUUGUUGGGUUGCAAUGCAUGGGAGGCGGUGGAAAAACUACUCUUGCUUUGGCUCUCUUGAAUGAUCCUCAAAUAAGAGGAUACUUCCGCGAUAAUGUCAUUUUCAUCACCGUCUCGCAGUCCCCAAACCUGAUGGGAAUUUUAGAGACUAUGUGGGAAAAGAUUGCUGGAAGGAAGAGAGCAGAAUUUCAUAAUUUGAAAGAUGCACAUAUGAAGCUGCAACAAUUGAUUUUGAGUCAAUCCAAACCAACUCUGGUGAUUUUAGAUGAUGUAUGGUCCAGAACAAAUUUGGAAAAUUUUCUAUUUGAAGGACCAGGUUACAAAACCCUUGUAACCACUAGAGACAAUUCCACUAUUCCAACAAGCCCGACUACCCAGCUGUAUCAGUUGCCAUUGUUGUGCCCAGAGGAUGCGCUGUCACUUUUCUGUUUCUGGGCUUUUGGACAGCCAUCAAUCCCAAGCACUGUAAAUGCGAAUAUUGUAAAACAGGUGCAAGCAAAAUGUGGCGGCUUACCACUUGCUGUAAAGGUGAUCGGAAGCUGUCUGCAUGGGGAACCGCAUGAGGUUUGGGAGAGGGCAAAGGACAAGAUUUCUAAAGGAGAAUCCAUAUCAGAUUAUCACAAAAAUGGGCUUAUUCGAUUAUUGGAGAUCAGUAUCGAUUCCUUAGAUGAUGUAGCCAAGGAAUGCUUCCUAGAUUUAGGAUUAUUUGCAUAGGAAAGGAAAAUAUGUGCUGAUGCGCUGCUGGACAUUUGGGUUUAUGCUCGGAAAAUACAGUGGCAUGACGCUUUAUCCAUCUUAUCGGAUCUUGCAAGCAGAAACCUGUUGAAUUUGACUAGCACGCCAAGGUAUUUGCCUUUACCAUAUGGGGUUUUUUUUGUUAUCAUGGUUAAACUAUAAGCUGACGUAGUAGCACUUAUCAGGUCAGUAAACACACUUUAAUAUUUUGUCCUCGCAGCCCAACUUAUACUCCAUCCGAAGACAUUUCUUUGUCUUGUAUAAGUCACGAACUGGAUAUCUUGUAACUUCGUAGCAGGUAUAUGCCUGAAAUUACACGUCUCAGUCGCUUAUACUGUCUGCAGAUAGUACAAAUGCAGAGUAUAAAUAAAUAAAUAAAAAUAGUCUAUGAGAAACAUUUAACGUGCUAAAUGAAAAGAAAGGAAUUUGAAAUGUAAAAGAGAGCUAAAAUAGUCUGUCUGCAGAUAGUACAAA